AUGGACAGGAGAAGAAGACAUAAUUCAGAUGGUAAGUUUAUUUCUUUUUUUCUUGAGAUUGUUCUAGACGAGAGAGGUCCUAAAAGACGCCGUGUAAUCGGUGGGGAUGGUCAAGAUACCGGCAAUGAGCUUUUGGAUAAAAUAGCGAAUGCUGGCCUUCAUGAAAACACGUCUAUUGAAACCAGUCUGGAAGCAUUGUCGUCUGAGCUAAGUGACAAAUUGCAGUCUUAUGAAAACGAUAUAAUCGACUGUCUCUCGAAUUGUGUGGCAUACAAACCCGAAAGAAUGGGUGUUUAUUCUACUCUGGCUGGAUUACUUAAUCAGAAGAACAAUGAAUUUGGGGAUAAUGUAUGUUUUGACUAAUUAACACUGCUAACUUACCUUUAUACUUGGUUAAUUUCAGUUGGUCUCACGUCUUGUUUCUGAUCUCAAGAAUCGUUUGGUAGCUGGAGAGUGGGCAAUUAUUGUUCGACUUGUAUGUUGCGUAUUGCUUUUUUUAUUUGUUUUUUAGGUAACAUUUUUUGGUGAUCUUGUUAACAGUUAUGUACUCACAGCUGAUUCCGUGUCUGAAUUCUUCUUGGGUAUUUUAGAUAACACAACCGAAGUUAAUGUAAGUUGUUAUAACUGCUGUUUAAUUUUCUUUUAGUUGUUAAAUGAUUUCUACGUUUACUGUGUCAUGCAUUCUCUACCCUGGGUUGGAGCUGCGUUGGCUGAAAAGAACCGAUCGGCUUUGGAUGAGAUUCUGUUAUCCAUUAGGAAAUACUUGGAAAUCAGACCUAAAAAUCAUUUGAAGAUUUUGGGUGUAUGGGAGUCUAGCGCAAUUCAUGAACAAGAAGAUUACCUGGAUUCUCUCUGGGGCCAACUGAAUCGUCUCAAAGAAGAUAAUUGGCUCGAAAAGAGUGUCAGCAGGUUUUAUGUUGGAUUUGAUUCGGUCUUAAACCAAGCCAUCGCCCACAAUCUUCCGAUGUAAGUAUGUUUCAGCGCGGUUCCCAGACUAAGUUUAUAUUUAUGUUAUUGUGUUUUAGAAUUGAGUUUCCUAAAUUUGAUGAGGAUCGAUCUGAUUAUCCGCUUCCUCGUGUUGUUUUCCGAUUGUUCGAUGAGGCAGACUGCCCAGAAAAUGAUCCUUCUCUGCCGCCAUCUAAUUCUAUUGACAGGUUUCUGGUUGAAGAAGACAUCAGCUGGAUCAUUGAUAACAACUAUCUCAACUUUAAGUUAUGGUAUCGUCUUUUUCGCUUGGCUACAUAGUUACUAUGUUUUAGUGCGAACGAGUUGCUCUCCUAUCAGAAGAGAGACACUGUCCCCAUUAACUAUGUGAUCAUUGAAGUGGUGUUCAGUCAGUUGUUCCGCCUUCCAAAUUCUCCCCACCUUGAGCUUUUCUACGGGUCUUUGUUAUUAGAAUUAUGCAGAGCCGAGUCUUCAUCGAUGCCUCAAGUGUUGGCACAAGCAGCCGAGUUGUUGUACCAGAGAUGUAAAUAUCUUCAUCCAGCCUGUUUGGACCGAAUGGUCGAUUGGUUCAGUUUCCAUCUGUCCAAUUUCCAGUUUCGGUGGUCAUGGUCAGAAUGGACAGAAAGCGUGAAAGUAAGACAUAUAGUUUGUAUUUACGUUCUGACUUAGUUGUCUGCAUUCGACAAGAGACAGAUUUUUGUCCGCGAGGUGUUUGAGAAGUGUCUUCGUUUGGCAUAUCACGAGAAGUUGACACAGAUAUUGCCAGAAGAGUUUGAACCAUUGAUCCCAGCCAAGCCGGUCAUCUCUUAUGUUAUGGAUGACUCGGAUCACCCGCUCUUCGAACAAGCUACGUUGUUUAGUAAUGCCAUUAAGGCCAGAAAAACUUCUGAAGAUAUUCUAUUGGAUCUCCAAAAAGAACGCUUGGCCUCGGGGGAUAAUGUUCUCUAUGACCCAGAAGCCGUGUCCGUGUUUACUUCGGUUGUGUUGAACAUUGCUUCAAAAACUUUUAGUCACACGUUUGCCGCAUUUACAAAGUAAGUUUUGAAUAUGUUGAUUGUUUUAUUUUUAGGUAUGUCGAACUCUUCCGCACCGUAUGUUAUAAUAAUCGAGAGAUGCAAGGAGUUGUUUUAAGAACAGUUUAUGAUGCCUGGAUUAGACACAAGCAGAUGUUAUCUGUGCUAGGCGAUAAAUUAUUGAAGAUGAGGAUUGUAGAACCAAUUUCUCUCGUAACGUGGAUCUUCUCCGAAGAUCUCAGGGAGGAGUUUUACCGGAAUUGGACAUGGGAAUUGGUAAAUCUUGCUGUUUACCGGCUUUUCUGCCAAUUAAAAGUACUCAAAAACGAAAUUGAACUGUUAAAGCAACAAUCAGAGAGACAAAAGAAGUUCCAGGUAAGAGAGUAUAAGAAUUGGAUGGGCUCGUUUUUAGAUGGUUGAUGAGGCCGGAGAAUUCGAAGAUGUGGAUUCAGUAAUCGAAGAGCGUAAACAGGAAUUGCAAGAUCUGGAUAAAGGGAUAAAUGAAGUUAUCCUCCUGAUCACUCACAGAUUUACCGACUCUUUGUCUGAGUUGAUAAACGAGUCCAAUCAGGGGAUGGAUGAUGGCUCUGAUGAUUUCCAACUCAAACUGGAUUUUGUUUUGGGAAGGUUUAAGCAAUUCUUCUUGAAUGUGAGUCCAUGUUUAGAAACGCCUAUUCCGUUUCAGAACCUGGAAAUUAUCUGGGAACGUAGCCAUUUUUUGCAUUCUGAAGUCUUCUCCAACAGUCAGAUCCAUCCCCAGAUUAAAGAAAUCUACGAGCAGUUCCGAUCUUUAAAGCGGGCUUAA